AUGGGCGACAGCAGGAAGCAGUUCCACCUGCAGGCCUCCAAGGGGAUGGAGUGGUGUCCGAAACCCCCAGGACCGAGGCAGGCCCGGCCCCGCCCCGCCCAGGUGCCGACACUGCUGCCCGCUGACAGCAGCCCUCAGCGAUGCAGAGAGGAAGCAGCCGAUUACCAUCCACUCACCUGCUGUCGAGCACGGUCAGCCUCCCGCUGUCUGCGUGGUGUGGGGAGCAGAGGGCGGAGGAUGGACUGGGGUAGAUUGUCUUCUCAACGACUUGUAACAAAGAGUGUCAGAGCUCUCAGUAACAGACAUGAACAGAACAGGGUCACCCAGGCCAGGAAAGGCCUCGGCGUGAACUGCACCGGCCGGCCUGCCCUGCUGCUUCCUGCUGCUGCUGCUCCGGGUCCACCCGCUGUCCCCCGGCGGAUGCUGACCUCCUGCGGCCCACUCCAGCCUGGGCUCACCGAGGCCUUCUGA